GUAUUUUGACAUGUCUAAUUUCACGGUUUAGGAUUCCACACAGGCGAAUCGCGUCCCUGUUGCUGCCGCAGGUACCACUUACAAGUACCCCGCAAAUGCUAAAACCACUUCCUGAAUUCGCUUUCUAAAUCCCCAAAUCCCCAAAUUCCUUAAAAUCCAACAAAACCCUAAUUUCUCCCUCCUUUAUUUUUUCUUUAUUUCUCUUAAUUAUUCCCAAAUCAGCCAAAACCCUAAUAAAUUCAACUCGAUCAUCAUUAAUAUUUAAACCAUGGAUAUUGAAUCAAACGGCAACAAUAAACGCGUCUUCAAUCGACUGGGAACUCGCCAACCACAAUCAAGUCACCAUCAUCAAAAUCAAAAUCAAAAAGUUUGUUUUCAUUGGCAAGCUGGAAGAUGCACACGAAAUCCUUGUGCGUUUCUUCAUAGAGAACUUCCUCCUCCUCCUCUUCCUCAUUCAACUCAUCCUUCUACUUCAUCUUACAAUGGCGGUGCUUCGAAACGUGCUCAUGGUGGGUUGGGAAGUGGUGGGAGAAAUGAUGGGUUUUCGUCGCGUAAGAACCCUAAUUUUAAUAAUACAUGGGGUAGAGUUGGUGGCAGCAGUGGUGGUGGUCCGGUUAAUAAGAUGGAAAGAGUUUGUAAUUACUGGAUUCAAGGGAAUUGUACCUAUGGUGAUAAUUGUAAAUACUUACAUUCUUGGUCUAUUGGUGAUUCGUUUUCUCUUUUGACUACUCUUGAAGGGCAUCAGAAGGUUGUGACUGGGAUCACUUUGCCAUCAGGAGAUAAACUUUACUCUGGGAGUCAGGAUGAGCAUGUUAAGAUCUGGGAUUGUUCAUCAGGACAGUGCGUCAGCACUAUUCCUGUGGGCGGAGAAAUUGGCUGCAUGAUUAGUGAAGGGCCUUGGGUUUUUAUUGGCUUGCCUAAUAUGGUCAAGGCGUGGAACAUUGAGACCGUCACUGAUUUGAGUCUGAGUGGACCUGUUGGACAGGUUUAUGGUCUAGUGGUGGGGAAUGAUCUACUCUUUGCUGGCACACAGGAUGGGUCCAUAUUGGCUUGGAAAUUCAAUCCGGCUACUAAUUGCUUUGAACCAGCUGCAUCACUGACAGGGCAUACGAGUGCUGUUGUUACCAUGUUUGUCGGUGCUAAUAGGCUUUAUUCUGGUUCGAUGGAUCAUACUAUCAGAGUCUGGAAUCUUGAAACAUUACAAUGCAUUCAAAUAUUGAAAGAGCACACCGAAGUUGUUAUGUCUGUCCUUUGUUGGGAGCAGUUUUUAUUAUCAGCUUCAUUGGACAACACGAUAAAGGUAUGGGCUGCUACUCCAAGUGGAAACUUGGAAGUGACUUAUACGCAUACGGAAAAGCAGGGAAUCCUCUCACUCUGCGGCAUGUAUGAUUCAGGGGGAAAGCCAGUUUUACUGUGUUCUACCAAUGCCAAUGAUGUCCACAUAUACGACUUGCCAUCGUUUAUGGAGAGGGGCAAGAUUAUGUCGAAGAAAGAGAUUCGAGUUAUACAGGCAGGUCCGAGUGGAUUAUUUUUCACCGGGGAUGGAAAUGGUGAAGUAAGAGUAUGGAACUGGUUAACAGCACCAAAGACGGGAAUGUAACUAUUUGUUUUCUAUAGUAAUUAGUCUUCAAUUUUUGUUCCUCUUUUAGUUCUUACUAUACAAACUUGAUGAAGAAUUACGAGAAGAUAGCGUCCAUUGUUCCUUGUAUUUUGGGCACAUAUUUAAGUUGUCUUCUAGAAUAUUAAAGACGAUUCUUUUGGUUAAAGUUGUGAGCCUUUUAUUGUUUAUGUAUUCAUAGCUAAUGAAGAAUGAGUUGGAAGUUGGUGUGGCCUAUCGCCUAUGUAUUCUGUGAUAUGUAAUAAAUGUUCAUUCACUUGAGGAAAUAUUGUGGAGUUGGCUAAUCAAAAUUGAUUAUAAGCAUUGCC